GCCGAGCGGCCGCUACUGAGUCUGCGCGCUCGCGGAGCACGUCGCCGUGGGACGGUGGGGCUGCUGGGCUUGACAGAAGGAGCCCGGCUGGAAGGCGGACUAUGACUGGAUGUCCUGCUCCUGACUUUGGAGGAAACAAGUCACCAGAAUCAGAAGAACUGCUCAGGUUUCUACAGCAUCACUGAGCGGACUUCCUCAACCUGGUACCUUCCAGAAGCUGAAUGGCUUGUAGGUGAAAGAAACAGCCAUGUCUGAAGAAAUCAGAAAAAGGUUGGAUUUUCCUAACACUCUGAUACAGUCACAGACUGUGGGCCAUCUGAUUGCUGCAGUGCUGAAAGAAAAUGUUUCAUCCAACAAGAUAAGCCAGUCCUCUAACCAGACUCCUGCCCUAAACUUGCUGUGGGAAAAUUGCUGCAGCGACAAUGUGGUUGUCAGGACGGCGUGCUGUGAGGCGCUUGUGGCACUUGUUUCCCAGGAUCAUGCAGAGCCAAGUUACGUUCUUAAUGGAGCUCUCAACCUGAUUCCUUCUGCCAGGAAUGUGCAAGGUUUGAUAAAAAUCAUAGUAAAACUACUACAGAGACAGUCCCUGAAGGUGGCAAAAAGUGGAGAGGAACAACUGUCAGAGUCAUAUGCAGUCAGAAACUCUCCUCAACCCCUGAUCACUGUUCUUGAAAACAGACCUGAUUGCUGGCCAGUUCUCCUGCAGCAGAUUACAGCAUUUUUCCAGCAGUGUCCAGAAAGCUUGGAAAGCUCAUAUGUCUCCAUAAUGAGACCAUUUCUCAGGUACCUAUACUGUGAGCCCUGCCAGGUACGGGAGCAUGCCGAAUUACGAAUGAGUCUGCUUAGGGUCUUGCUGCAGCCUCGUGGUCCUUGGAACAAAGAGGAGCCCCCCGUCCUUGAGUGUGAGCUCCUUCAGCUCUUCUGUGACUUGGUUCCAUACUGUCAGAUACAAGACCUCCCCCAGGUCACAGAAAUGCUGCUUUUUCUGGAGGCGCUAUUCCAGAGUCUGCUGCGCUACCCUGUCUUUUGGAAAGCCCAGUUACACCAACUCUGCCUACAGUGUCUCUGCUUCUGUGAAGUCUGCCUACAGAGUACAGGGGAAUGUUCAACUUUAAUUUGCAUAAUGGAAGAAAAUGUGGAGCUCUUGAAAGAGGGUUUUCCAUUUGAGAUGGCCUUAAUUGGAUUAGGGCUGCUCUUGCUGCAGGCCCCUGCGAGUCAGCAGAAGCCAAUGUUAAUGCUAGCCAUCAAGCUCCUUUCCUGUUCUGAAACUGGGACAACUCUGGCAGCGGCUCCAGUCCUGGUGAUGCCUGCGCUGCAGAUCUUAUCCUCCACAGCUGUACAGAACUGCCUGGCUGAGGAGGAUAGUGGCACUACCAGGCAGCAGUUGGCCAUUAAUCUUCUGGAAACCGUACAGCAGGAAGAAUGGAAAGAACAAAAACAAUUGGCCUCUGGUUCCUGUUUCUUCCCCAUAACCAGCACUUAUGGUCCAUUGCAUGCUACUUGGAGGUUCCUUGCACUUGUGAGAGACCAGUCUUCCACAUCUGACUGGUUAUCUUCAGUGAAGUCCAUGCUGCCCAUCACAACUCAAGUCCCUGUCCACGUGUUUCUUCUGCUGGCCUACCUCCUUGUUCGAGAAAAUGGAGACAGCCUCCGUGGCGUGUUGGCUGCCACUACUGAAGUUGCCAAAGCAGAUUCAUCUCAGGUGCCAAAUCUCAUUCCAGUUCUGAUGUUCAGACUGGGAAAGCCACUGGAGCCGACAUUAUGCCGGGAUGUCUUGUAUGCUUUACCUGCUUUGGGAGUGCACAAGGUCUGUGUGGCACAGAUUUUACGUGCACUGCAGGUGUUGGGAAGCACACCAAAACUUCAAGCUGUUACAUUACGACUGAUGACAUCUUUAUGGGAAAAACAGGACCGAGUUUACCCAGAACUACAGAGAUUCAUGACAAUGUCUGAUCUGGCUUCCUUCUCUGUUAGUAAAGAUACUCAGUGGGAAAAGGUGAUUGCCAAAGCUGCUUCUAUCCGAGAUAUAUGUAAACAAAGGCCUUACCAACAUGGGGCAGAUAUGUUGGUUGCAAUUUCCCAGGUAUUGAAUGAAUGCACAAAACCUGAUCAAGCCACACCUGCUGCUUUAGUCUUACAAGGACUCCAUGCACUUUGUCAAGCUGAGGUCGUUUGUAUUCGCUCUACAUGGAAUGCGCUCUCACCAAAGUUGAGCUGCGACACCCGGCCACUCAUUUUAAAAACACUGAGUGAACUAUUUUCCCUUGUCCCUUCUUUAACUGUGAAUUCAAAUGAAUAUGAGAAAUUUAAAGCUCAAGUUGUCAGUUUCCUGUGGAGCCAUACACAGAACAAGGAUCCUCUCGUAGCCACCUCUGCAUACAUCUCUCUCUCUCAGUUUGGUUCUGCAGAACAUACCAUACUUCAUCUUCCUGAACAGGCAAGGCCAGAGUUAGACCAUGAUGAAGAAAUGGAUAUCACUGAAGAGGACGGAGAUGAGGAAGAGGUGGAUCUCUCUGUUCCUGGUGCUUCAUAUAUCAAAUUGAUGUCACUCACUCCCCCUUCUGUUUUUCCAGCAUUUGAAGAGUUUGCAGCAUCGCUUGUGAAACAGGAGAUGGCCAAUAUGCCUCGUGGAAUAUACCAUUCUGCGCUGAGAGGAAGUGCGGUUCGAUCAGAUCAAGGGAAGACUGUAUCAGGGGUUCCAAACUUCAUGUUGAAAAUGUAUGAGAGGAAUAAGCAGCCAGGGCUAAAGCCUGGCCUUGCAGCUGGCAUGUUGUUGAGCUAUGAUCUUCCAAUCCAUGUGGGUAAGGAUGGCAAACCUAUCAGUCGGUUUCUAGCCAGUCGGGGGCGCAACUUCCAGCAGAUGUUAGUAGCGCUUAUCCAUGAGGUAAACAUUCAGCCUUCAGAAUGGCACCGCUCUCUGCUGCUGCCUCAGUCCUGGGCAGGAUUUAUGGAGAGAGCCUACCAUGCAAUUUUGCAAGGAAGGCAAGCUGAGUUGGAGAUGCAGUUAAAGCAUGGAAAAGAGGGACCCGAAGAAGUGCAAUACAAACAAUUUACAGCCUGGCUCUGGGUCAGAGAUAUGUUGACUGAUGUUAUCAAGGGUGCUUCUAAGGAAAGCCCAGUGGUAAAAGGGAAUUGCCUUCUAGCUUUAACAGGCCUUGUGGUUGCUGUAGCAAAACAUGAGAAAGGGCUCUCUUCAGACACUGAAGAACAAGUUGACACUGAGCCAGACUUUCUUCUGACAAAGCACUGGAUCUCCAUGGUGAUAGAUACGCUCCUUAGCAUUGUAGACAGUCACUAUCGCCCCAAGGGUCGUGUCUUCCCAUGGUUUUAUCAGAAAUCCUAUUCUGGUGAAAAUACCGCGAGUGCUAUUGCUCGUUCCUGUGCAGCGACUGCUUUGUCUCUCUUGGUGCCGGUUUUUAUUGUAUCCUACAAGGAAAAGGUUGAGGAAGUCCUGAAUGUACUGAUUGCCAUGUUACCUGGGAAACCAAAUGCAGAUGAGUCUCAGGCUGUUCAAAUUCACAUGGGCCUCGCUUUGGGGAUGUUUAUUUCACGGUUAUGUGAAGAGAAAGUCAGUGAAGUUUCUGGCAAACAACUGAAUCUUUUACUUUCAAAGUCUCUGGAUGCAUUAGAGAAAUGCUGCUUUGACACGAGUCUAGAAUACAACACUGGAUGCAUCUUGGGAGUAGGACUUGCUCUGUCACUGAUGAGUCACAGCAACUUGACAGAUUCCCAAGGUCACAUCUCUGCUUCCUUGUGUAAACUUAGCAAAUACUUGGAUGAUGCAGAAGAUCAGAGCAGAACAUUCCAAGAAAUUCUUGCCUAUGCGGUUGCCUGUGUCUGUGUUUCCGCUUUCAGUGUAAAGAUCAUUGAGGCCACAGAGGCUGAGCAGAUAAUGAACAAGUUGCAGAACUUAGCAGAAACAAAUCAGCAGACUCCUGGCUUCGCCUUAGCACUGGGUAGCAUUGUUCAUGGGUUGUCUAUAUGCGGACAUGGUAAAGCAGAAGAUCUUGGCAACAGACUGUUUCCUGCCUGGAUGAAAACUGUACUUGUAGAGGGGGCCCCUACAAUUCAGCGGCUUGCAGCAGUCAAUGGGCUGGUCUCUCUGGUAGGUUCCGAAGGAGCCAUGAUACAGCUGAGGUCUGAGGCUAGCCAGUCUUCUCAGUUCCAGAGCAAGCUUAAUGAAGUCAUCAGAACCUUGAGUCAGAUAAUCAGUUUUUCUGGGGUGAUUGGCCUUCAGACAAACGCGGCGUGGCUACUGGGGCACCUGCAUCUCUCUAGUGUGUCUGCAACCCAUAGUCGGACAUCUGUUCCUGUGGACUUCAGCUACCUGCCUGAGAAAAGCUUUCUUAGAGCAGCCAUUGACUUUGUUAUUGAAGGUGGAAAGAAAGGCCCUGAACAAGUUCAUCCACACUUGGUAAAGGUAGUCAUGGCACCCAUAGCAUUAAUUGGAGAAAGUUACCAAUAUCCACCUGUGAACUGGGCAUCAAUUCUUUCCCCGAUAUUGCGACUAAAUUUUGGAGAAGAGCUGCAGCAGCUGUGCCUUGAAGUAGCCGCGACCCAGGCCCAGUCAUCACAGAACGCUGCCAUUCUCUUGGGGAUGUGGGUAGCACCACCUCUAGUAUACAGUCUAAGUAUAAAAACCAAGAGAUACCUUUUCACUUCCUUGCCUGUGUGGAUGAAAUAUGUAGCAGAAGACAAACUGCAGGCUUUCACAGAAAUGUUUAUGGUGCAACACUUUGAAGCAAAGGACCAGCCGAAACACCUGGAGCUUUGCCACAAUAUUUUACAGGGGCUCAGCCAAGCCAUGAAACUUCCUAGCCCUGCCCAGUACAGCUGGAGCUGUCUUUGCAGGACUGCUGAGAGAAUAUUUGAGCUUUUGCCAAAUGAGAUUCGGCAAAACGAAGUGAAGAUAUAUAUAGAUGCAGCAAAGUGUCUUUCAGAAAUGGCAGAUACAGAAAUUGACCGAAUUUUACAAGUUUCAAAGAACAAUUUGGACAAGGUCACAUUUGUCAAAGUUUAUUUAGUUUCUCAGGGCAGAUUUCCUUUACUGAAAUGGAAUGAUACGAUUACUAUUGCGGCUGGUUGCGAACAGAACGAAACUGUUGUAUGGAUGCUGCUGCACAGCUUUUACCAUGCCCGGAUUGUGAGCCAUGAAAACACGGGAGUCAUAAGGAGAAUGGAGUGGCUUUUGGAACUGAUGGGGUAUAUUAGAAAUGUAUCUUUAAAGGCAACAUCUAUACAAAAUGUGGCUCCCACAGAGGCUGUCAACUUCCUGUUGUGGAUUUUUGCUGCCUCUGUGGUUGUGUGGGCCGACCAUGCUGCACCACUGCUGCUGGGCCUCACUGCUGACUGGUCUUCCUGGGAAUGUGAGGCAACUUCCGGAUUAUCUGAGAGUUGUCUGGGCAAGCGUCAAAUAGAUAAUCUGGCUGUCCAAGAGAUUCUCAUCCUUUUUCCAGGUAGCUUACAAGUUCUGUUGGCUAAAGAGCCUUGGAAAGAACAAUCACAAAAGUUUAUUGAGUGGAUGUUUAGCAUAAUGGAGAGUGCAAAUGAAGUACUGUCCCAGUCUUCUAGAGAUCUUUUGAAAGCUUCUCUAUUGGCCCUGAGGUCUUUGCCAGAAUUCAAGAAGAAGGCAGUAUGGACGAAGGCUUAUGGAUGGUAACAAUGGUGUGACAUCUUCACUUUGGCCAAAGAAGUGAGCAUUAGUGAGAGAAGAAUUAUAGCUGAUGUCAAGCCAUAUCAUACCAAAGAGCUUAUAUGCAUUGGACCAGGGUGGUGUUUCCACUUUAGAGAGAGUGCCGUUUUUCCCAAAGAAGUGACUUAGAAAGCUAAUUGGGUGCAUCUGUGCUUUUGAUCAAAUAGAUUAAAAGCGAGUGUGUCACAUACUUUGCCUUGCUAAAAGUCUGAUUUGAGUCUGAAUGACUGAGUUCUAUUUUUUGAAAUAUAAAGGGGUAGAGUGAACAUUAAGAGCAUGCAGGUUAUAUGAAAAUUGUCAAUGAUCCUGUGACAAAAUAAAAGACAUUACUCUGAAA